AUCGCUUCCUAUUAGAACGUCAGCGCCUUGUGAUGAAGCAGGAUGUUGCAGAAGACGUAGGUUACAACACACAAAAGAAGCAUUUCUAACAGUUACAGAGGAUUUAAAAAAAAUGGAGGUAUCCAAUAACCAACGCUUGGUAUUCGUGAAUAAACCGAAGAAGGUGUUCCUCCCUCGUGAUUCUCCAUCACCCACCACUCCUCGGAGGCCUUGCUUGACCCGCGUGGGCACUUCUGCGGAUACGGACGGAAUCACACCCAAAGCUCACUACCGUUUGGUAAUUUUGGGGGCGGAAAAGGUGGGGAAAACGGCCAUCAUUCAUCAGUUCCUGUACGAUCGCUUCGUGACGGAUUACAGCGCAACCGUGGAAGAAUUGCAUCGCGGGGAGUACGAGAUCGGAGAUUACAAACUGACCUUGGACAUUUUGGACACCAGCGGAUCGUACGAGUUUCCGGCCAUGAGACGUUUGGCCAUAGGCACCGGCGACGCUUUCGUUUUGGUGUAUUCUAUCGAUAAUCAGGAAUCGUUCGAAGAAAUACGUAACAUCAGACAGGAACUGAACGAGCAGAGACCCACGGGAGCCCCUAUGGUAGUCGUGGGCAACAAGUGCGACCUGGAACACCAGCGAGUGGUGCAGAAGGAGUUGGCGGAGACUAUGGCAUGCAUAGAUUGGGAGAACGGAUUCGUCGAAUGUUCCGCCAAAACGGGGCACAACGUCUUGACCAUCUUUAACGAACUUCUGGUGCAGGCCAACGUCAAGUAUCGUCUGAAUCCCGUGGUGCAGAGGCGAAGAAUGUCACUACCCGUCAAUCCCCGACUACCGGGUGGAAAGAGCAAGACGGGAAAAAGGAACAGUUGCGCCGUUUCCUAAAAGUUUCUCUUCUCUCGAUGCUUUCUAUCCUCGAUUUCCGAUGUCGUUUCCUCUUUUUUCGUGCCAUUUCCUCUUCUUUCACUAGAAAAUUGUAUUUAUGAUAUGUUCGUAGCAAUAAUAAUUGUAUCUGAUCCAACGUUUUGGCUUUAUUCCGAAGAAACACUCGAAAAAUCCACCAUACAAAGUGACGUUUCCAUCGUUUUCACCAAACGACAAAACAAACUUCACGCCAAGUCUUAAUUAGUCUUUCCAUAAUUUUUAAAUUACUUGGUAGCCAUUUUUACCACGAAUUUAUCUUAAACGAAAGCUCAAUUAGGGAAACGAAUGGAAACCGAUAAAUCAACUUCUUAAAAUUGGGGGGGUGAAUAAAAGAUUGAAUCGUUUGUCGACG